UAAAUUUUGAUUACAAGUGAGUUGUUGUACAUCUCAGCAAAAAAAAUAUGUAUAUUAGUUCAAAAAAAUAAGAACUACCGGGAGUCGAGCCCAGGUCGCUGGAUUCAAAGUCCAGAAUGCUAACCACAAGGCCACACACAUAGACACACACACACAGAGUGAAACUCCCAUAAUCUCUUCUUCACAAUGCAAAUCUUCUGAUUGCUUCACCAUUACUAUCUUCUCUUUUUUUCCAAAAAAAAAAAGAUGUUCAAAAACCAGCUGCAAGAAUUAGCUCAAAGAAGCUGCUUCAAUCUCCCUUCAUACGCCUGCGUAAGAGAAGGCCCCGAUCACGCCCCCAGAUUCAAAGCCUCCGUCAAUUUCAACGGCGAAGUUUUCGAGAGCCCCUCUUACUCCACCACCCUCCGCCAGGCCGAGCACGCCGCCGCCGAGGCCGCCCUCAACUCCCUCUCCGCUAGAGGCCCCUCCAAAUCUCUCACCGCCAGAGUUCUCGAUGAGACGGGAGUGUACAAAAAUCUACUUCAAGAAACUGCACACAGAGCCGGAUUGAAGCUGCCGAUUUACACCACCGUCAGAUCAGGCCCCGGCCACGUCCCUGUCUUCACCAGCACCGUCGAGCUCGCCGGAAUUAGCUUCUCCGGUGAGCCUGCCAAGACUAAGAAACAAGCCGAGAAGAAUGCUGCUAUUGCUGCUUGGUUCCAAUUGAAACAAAUGCCAGAUUUGGGGCUUUUGUCGGAGCAAGAGAAUGCGGGAGGCGGGAAAUGGAGUUGCAGUUCGAAUUCCGCUAGAGUGAUAAGACGAAGAGAUUAUCACCAUCAUCAUCAGCCGAGAAUGCAGAGGCCUAUUCAAAGAGACAAUAAACUUGACAAUACUCCUUGUAGCUUUGCCUUUGCCCAGAAACGGCCGUGGAAGUUUCCGGAUCCGAUUUUAGACCCGACUAACAAGCACAAAAGCUUUCUCUCUCUUCUCCCUCCGCCGCCGCUGUCGGCAUCCAAAAUCCUGCCCCCAAACUUGCCCAAUUCCAAAACCCCCACUCCCAAAGUUACAAUUAAAGAAACGCUGCCGAUGUUGGAGGAGUUUUUGAGAGACGAUCAGGAAUGGGUUAAGAAGAUAAGCGAGGCCAUAAGAACAGAUGCCGGCAGCUCAAAUUCGAUUUAUGGAGGGAAAAUUGGAGGAGUCUACAGUCAAUUUGGGGGAGAAGAUGGCAGAAUUAGGUCAAUUCCGCCUCCGUUGAUGAAAAUUCCCUCAACUUGUCACAAUCCCCAAAUUGGAUCAAUCCCCAAAUUCGCGCCGGUGGUGCAAAUUAGGUCUGUGAUUCCGGUGUUCGCGGCUCCACCGGUGAGGGUGAACUCCGACCAAUCGCCGCCGAUUAACGAAGCAGCUCUAUCGCCGGCGCCGCCGUCGUCAUCGGAGGAGUUCGUUGUGGCUUCCUCUUUGAGCAAGCUGAAAAUAUGAUGAAUUAUGGAACUAAAUUGAUGUGAUUAGUCGUUAAAUGAGCUCGUGUUUUGGUGUGAAUCAAUGAAAAGAGUGUUUUUGCGCCAUUGAUGAGGCACGUGUAAAUGUUAUGGGUUUAGUUUAGUAAAUGGAGAUUAGCGAUGGAUUAGUGGUAAUAAAAAAGAGAAACAAUAAAUGAGAAGUGGGAAAGGGCAGAUGAGAAAUUGAAGUUGGUCUGUGACAAAAGCUCAGACAAAUGCAGCGAUAAACGCAACUCCAUUUAAUUCUGCACGUCACCACAAUUAAUGGCUUCUGUCUUCACCAAUUAAUUUUCUCUCUCCUCUUUAAAUUGACUGCACCCAAGUUUAUAUACGCCUGUCUGUUUUUAGGUUGACCUUUUUCAAUAUGACAAAAAUUUGUAUUACUAGUAUAUACGGCGGGAGUAUUUUCAUUUA